AUGGAGCGGCCCCGGCCCCGGCCGCGUCUGCACCACCAGGUCCACGCUUCCGCCGCUGGUGCCCCCUACCCUUCCUCUGGCUCGGUCCGCAGCUGCCGGGAAAGCAAGAUGCCUCACAGGAAGGGCCCCCAGCACCCUCCGCCGCCCGGGGGUCCCGAGGAGCCUGGGGAGAAACGCCCCAAAUUUCAUUUAAAUAUUAGGACGCUGACGGAUGAUAUGCGGGACAAAUUUGCCAGUAUAAGAAUUCCAGGGGGCAAGAAAGAGAGAACUCCCCUUCCCAACCUGAAGACUGCAUUUGCAAGCAAUGAUUGCUCAUCAGCAUCUUUAGAGAUGAUGGAAAACAUUGCAAAGCCACUGUCAGAGAAUGAACUCUUAGAACUUUUUGAAAAGAUGAUGGAAGAUAUGAAUUUAAAUGAAGAUAAAAAGGCACCAUUGCGGGAAAAGGACUUCAGUAUCAAAAAAGAAAUGGUGAUGCAGUACAUAAAUACUGCUUCUAAGACAGGAAGUCUUAAGCGUAGCCGACAGAUCUCACCUCAGGAAUUCAUUUAUGAGCUGAAAAUGGGAUCUGCAGAUGAGAGACUUGUCACGUGCCUAGAGUCCCUUCGAGUGUCUUUGACCAGUAAUCCUGUGAGUUGGGUGGAAAGCUUCGGACAUGAGGGGCUCGGAUUAUUACUAGACAUUUUGGAAAAACUGAUUAGUGGAAAAAUCCAAGAAAAAGUUGUAAAGAAAAAUCAACACAAAGUCAUACAGUGUCUAAAAGCCCUGAUGAAUACACAGUAUGGCUUGGAAAGAAUUAUGAGUGAAGAGAGGAGUCUUUCCUUAUUGGCUAAAGCCAUGGAUCCCAUGUACCCCAAUAUGAUGACAGAUGUGGUUAAACUUCUCUCUGCAAUGUGUAUUGUAGGGGAGGAAAGCAUCCUUGAAGAAGUUUUAGAAGCUUUAACUUCAGCUGGUGAAGAAAGAAAAAUUGACAGAUUUUUUCCUAUUGUGGAAGGCCUUCGACACAAUUCAGUUCAACUGCAAGUAGCUUGUAUGCAGCUCAUCAAUGCCCUUGUUACGUCUCCUGAUGAUUUGGACUUCAGGCUUCACAUCAGAAAUGAAUUUAUGCGUUGUGGAUUGAAGGAGAUAUUGCCAAAUUUAAAAGGCAUUAAGAAUGAUGGCCUGGAUAUCCAACUUAAAGUUUUUGAUGAGCAUAAGGAAGAAGAUUUGCUUGAGUUCUCCCAUCGCCUCGAAGAUAUUAGAGCUGAACUUAAUGAAGCAUAUGAUGUUUACAACAUGGUGUGGAACACAGUUAAGGAAACUAGGGCAGAGGGAUAUUUUGUUUCUAUUCUUCAGCAUCUUUUGCUGAUUCGAAAUGAUUAUUUUAUAAGGUAUCAUAGUGAAUUUAAAAAGUACUACAAUGAAAAACUUUCUGUCAUUGCAAUUUUAGAUGUUUGUAUAGAUCAAGCAAAACUAGAAGAGUUUGAAGAGAAAGCAUCAGACCUUGGCAAGAAAUUUGAAAAAGAGUUUACUGACCACCAAGAAACUCAGGCUCAAUUGCAGAAAAAAGAGGCAAAGAUUAAUGAGCUUCAAGCAGAGUUACAAGCUUUUAAAUCAGGUAAAAUACCAAGAGAAGAGGAAGAUUUUGAAGAGAAGAAAGCUAUUAAGAAAAAAAUUAAAGAACUUAAAUUUCUAGAUUCUAAAAUUGCUCAGAACCUUUCAAUCUUCCUGAGCUCUUUUCGGGUGCCAUAUGAGGAAAUCAAAAUGAUGAUAUUGGAAGUAGAUGAAACUCAGUUGGCAGAGUCUAUGAUUCAGAAUUUAAUAAAGCAUCUUCCUGAUCAAAAGCAAUUGAAUUCAUUGUCUCAGUUCAAGAGUGAAUAUAACAACUUAUGUGAACCCGAGCAGUUUGCUGUUGUGAUGAGCAAUGUGAAGAGACUACGGCCACGGCUCAGUGCUAUUCUCUUUAAGCUUCAGUUUGAAGAGCAGGUGAACAACAUCAAACCUGACAUCAUGGCUGUCAGUACUGCCUGCGAAGAGAUAAAGAAGAGCAAAAGCUUUAGCAAGUUGCUGGAACUUGUAUUGCUAAUGGGAAACUACAUGAAUGCUGGCUCCCGGAAUGCUCAAACCUUCGGAUUUAACCUUAGCUCUCUCUGUAAACUAAAGGACACAAAAUCAGCAGAUCAGAAAACAACAUUACUUCAUUUCCUGGUAGAAAUAUGUGAAGAAAAAUACCCUGAUAUCCUGAAUUUUGUGGAUGAUUUGGGACAUUUAGACAAAGCUAGUAAAGUCUCUGUAGAAACGCUGGAAAAGAAUUUGAAGCAGAUGGGAAGGCAGCUUCACCAGCUUGAGAAGGAUUUGGAAACCUUUCCCCCUCCUGAGGACUUGCAUGACAAGUUUGUGACAAAGAUGUCCAGCUUUGUUAUCAGUGCAAAAGAACAGUAUGAGAAACUUGCAAAGUUACAUGAAAACAUGGAAAAGUUAUACCAGAGUAUAAUGGGAUACUAUGCCAUCGAUGUGAAGAAGGUGUCCGUGGAAGACUUUUUUACUGACUUGAAUAACUUCAGAACCACAUUCAUGCAAGCAAUAAAGGAGAACAUCAGAAAGAGAGAAGCAGAGGAAAAAGAAAAACGUGCCAGAAUAGCUAAAGAAUUAGCAGAGAAAGAAAGACUUGAACGCCAGCAAAAGAAAAAGCGCUUAUUAGAAGUGAAGACUGAGGGUGAUGAGACAGGAGUGAUGGAUAGUCUGCUGGAGGCCUUGCAGUCGGGGGCUGCCUUCCGCGACAGAAGGAAAAGGACACCAAAGCCGAAAGAUGUUCGGCAAAGUCUCAGUCCAAUGUCUCAGAGGCCUGUUCUGAAAGUUUGUAACCAUGAAAAUCAGAAAGCGCAGUUGACAGAAGGGUCACGUUCACACUACAAUAUCAAUUGCAACUCAACAAGGACUCCAGUCGCCAAGGAGCUUAAUUAUAAUCUAGACACUCGUACGUCUGCAGGGAGGAUCAAGGCAGUUGAGAAGAAGGAAGCCUGUAAUGCAGAAAGCAACAGAAAAAAGGAAAUGGAACUUCUUGGCUCUGUUUCUAAAAACGAAUCAGUUCCCGAAGUUGAAGCCCUGCUGGCAAGAUUACGAGCUUUAUAA